AUGAGUACAUCUCGAUCCUCAAAACGAGUCACUCGCGCGUGUGACUAUUGUCGGAAGAAACGGCUAAAAUGCACCGGACAACGCCCCUGUCUGAAUUGCCAACUCUAUGGAGCAAAUUGCUCCACAUCAGAUAUCCCCAAACCACUGGAAAGCUCAGGCGGAAGAUUGAAACGAAAACGGGGCCCAGCAAGAGAGCAAAUUGACCAGCCCCAGGAACCGCAAGAGCAUACUCAAGUUUCCAACGAUGCAGAGCAGAGAACUCCAACACCUCGCACGUGGAAUCUAGCUAACCAGCAUGUCAAUCACCCUCAGGAUUUGCAAGAGCCUGCUCAACAUUCUGACGAUAUUGAGCAUACUCCUCGUGUGUGGAAUCCAACUACCGAGUCAGAAAUGCAUUCUCUCGUUGAAGCCACUGAGAUCGCUCCUGACUUUGACCAGUAUGCCAGUGAUUUGGGUCUUGUGCUUACUCCUUUCUGGCCACCAAAUUCUCUGUUGCCUCUUCCAUCGAAUGGCCUCGGUGCUGCGGAAGAUGGUAUGGUGGCAAAUAUGCCCUCGUACUCCACACAUCUCCCUACUCCGAGGCUCAGUGACGAGACUCAUUCCAACUCGGUUUUUCAAACCAUGGAAUUCGGGCAGACCAUGAACGCAGCACCAUUCAACUCAUCAUCUCACCCGGAAGCCAUAGACUUUCCACCCUCUCGAUCUGCUCAUGAACUGUUCCUUCGCAAAGGUCCUUCAGGCAGCAAAUUUAUUGGCAUGGGCUCCGUUGGAUCGACAAUUCUAGAAUGUCUUAGAUAUUCCGUUUCUGCUCACAGCGGAUCAAUCGAAUCCACUGUCCUUGAUCAUCUAGUUCAUGGUAUUCGACAUGUGGAUGAGCUGUCCUUGUCUGCGACCUUUGACUGCCCACCUUUACCUGAAAGAGAUUUUGCGGAGCGAGGGGUUCAAGCAUACUAUGACUUUCUUCACUUGCUCUAUCCGAUCAUGGAGGUGGAUUUCCUACAUCAAUGGCAUCAAUUUUACGACGAAAGUAACUACACCAUCACUCCAACAUCAUAUUCUCGCCUUUGUCUUGUUGUCUCAAUUGGAAAUAUAAUCUCCCCAUCACGUGCGGACAUCAAUACAUUAGAAAUCGCCCAGCGGUUGCAGGAGAAAGCGUGGGGUUUAAUCGACCGAGUUCUGGCAAGUCCUUUCAUGGAGUCCCUACAAGUCACUUUAUUACACACCAUAUUUCUCCUCUGCUGUGGUAAAACGGGUAUUGCUUGGACGACCUGUGGUAUGGCUGUGCGGGUUGCUCAAUCGUUGGGCUUGCACCAACACACUCCCAUUCAACUCGGCUUGAGUCCCGAAAACAUUAGUCUAAGGGCAAGACUGUGGUCUGUUGCAUAUUCAUUAGACGCCUUUCUAUCACUGUCGGAGGGGCGGCCCUCCUCUAUAACGGGAUCGCUGAAUCUCGGAGUAUCAUAUCGUCUCUCGGAACAGGAGUGUUCAUCUGUUCCGACCAGGUCACCAGCAGUUUUUAUUCACGACUGGGAUAUCGGCCUCGCGGUGAUCGCGAAUGAAGUCCUGACACUACUGAAGAACAGCAAAUCACUAGUUACCACACUCGCGCAGAUUGCCGAGAUUGAUACAGAGCUUUUAGCUUGGAAAGAUGCUAUCCCGAUGGAAUUCAGACCGGAUCAGGAGAUAUUUGCUGAGGAUCCUUUCUACAGCUUGGUAGCGAUUUUGCACUUGAAAUACCACAAUUUAAUGCGCACCAUCCAUUGGAUUUCUCUCACUCUAUCUAGCGACGCGGUGGAUUUGUCGCGGCUGGGAGCUAGGGUCCGGUCGAGUGAGAACAUAUGUGUGACUUCUUCUCGCUCUGUUAUCGAGGUGUUGAACGGCAUGUCCAGCCAAAGAAUUGCCGGAAGCCCAGGCGCCUUUAUCGUGCCGUAUUGCAUGGCAGCUAUCUCAGUCUUUUAUCGGCAGAUCCUGAAAGAACCCACGCGACCCGGUGCUCGAACUAACCUGGAGCACAUGCGUAACGGCACGGUUCAUAUUACCACAUUGCUUGAUAGCGGUAUUGGAUCAAGGAGACAUUUCCGGACUCUGUUUGAAGUCAUGUUGAGGGUUGCAGAAGAUGUUGUACAAAAGGCAGUUGUAUUAUAA